AUGCCUAAUGAUAUGAUUUCUCUGAAAAUAGAACCCAUGCUGAGCACGGCGCUGCGCUUCUACGGCGCCGCCGUCCGCUCCCUCUACGUUGCCACUAAUGGGAUUAUUGCAGUGAAUGAACCCUCAAGUGAAGAAAAAUAUCUUGGUCAAUUCCCAGUCAGCUUUGGGGUUAUUGCUCCUUUUAUGGCUGAUCUGGACACAACAGGAGGACGUGGAAAUGUGUAUUACAGAGAAGAUUCAUCCUCAGAUGUCUUGCAGCUUGCAUCAGACUAUAUCAAAAGAGGUUUUCCUGAGACUACUUUUGAUCCCAGCAGUGUUGUCAUUGUUACCUGGAAGCUCGUGGCUCCUUACCAGGCAGCGGGAGAAGAUCAUGCUUUGGAAGAAAAGAGGAACACGUUCCAGGCUGUUUUAGCCUCUUCUGAUUCCAGUUCCUAUGCUAUUUUCCUUUAUCCAGAAGAUAGUUUGCAGUUCUAUAGUACAUACUCCAAGAAUGAUGAUGGAAAGAUUCCUGCUAUGGUUGGCUUUAGUCAAGCCUCUACAAACUACUACUUUUGGGAAAAGUCAGGAUCCUACAAUGUCAUUGCUAAUGAUGAAGACAGCAUUAGAAACCUGCACAAAAGCAGCAAUUCGGGGAAACAAGGUGUCUGGGUAUUUGAGAUUGGUAGCUCAUCUGACAGUAUUGUGCCUGCUAAGAUCAGCAAUGUUUUGGAGAGCCUAGAGUCCAAUGAACAAGACCAGGAGAUGACUUCAAAACCAUUCAUGUCAGACUAUGGCUCCACUGAAAUAAGACAGCAGUAUGUCACCAGUAGUACAGACAGCACAGAAGAGGAUCAGCACUAUGUUACAUACAGUGUUCCUCAGUUAGCUGCAGAAGACUUUCUGACUCCAUACCAAGAUGUAACAGGAACACCUUCGACUGAGUCUUUUUACAGUCAUCAAGAUUUCCCGACAGCAAAAGCUCCACCUCGCCCAUUCCAUGUCCAGCAGUUCCCCCCACAGCAACCCCAAGUCAUAGAUGUGGAAGAAUUUGAUGAAACUGGUAUAGUGUUUCGCUACCACACAGAUGUCCAACAGACCUGUGCUAACAACCGCCACCAGUGCUCUGUUCAUGCUAUUUGCAAAGAUUAUCCCAACGGAUUUUGUUGCAGUUGUAUUGCUGGUUACAAAGGAAAUGGUAGACAAUGUGUAGCAGAAGGUUCUCCUCAGAGAGUCAACGGGAAGGUCAAAGGAAGAAUCUUUGUAGGAAAUAAUCCCAUUCCAGUUAUAUUUGAGAACACUGAUCUCCACUCCUAUGUCGUGAUGAACCAAGGGCGUGCUUACACUGCUAUCAGCACAAUCCCAGAGACUUUGGGGUAUUCAUUACUGCCUCUUGCCUCUAUCGGAGGUAUCAUAGGAUGGAUGUUUGCUGUGGAACAGCAAGGAUAUAAAAAUGGAUUCAGCGUUACUGGUGGCGAGUUUACACGGCAAACUGAAGUAACUUUUCUUGGCAACAAUGAGAAGCUGGUUAUAAAGCAGAAAUUCAGUGGAAUUGAUGAGCAUGGUCACCUUACCAUCAGCACAGAAAUGGAAGGCAGAAUACCUGAGAUUCCAUCUGGCGCAUCAGUCCAUAUAGAACCAUACACUGAACUCUAUCACACUUCUAGUUCUGUGAUCACUUCAUCGUCCACCAGGGAGUACACAGUGACAGAGCCAGAAAGGGAUGGGGUUGCUUCCACGUACACGGGCGCCUAUCAGUGGCGGCAGACCAUCUCGUUUGAUGAAUGCAUUCAUGAGGACUCUCACCAUGCUGCUCCUGCUACUCAGCAGCUCUUGGUGGACAGUGUGUUUGUCUUGUAUAACCAAGAUGAGCAGAUUCUGCGAUAUGCUAUGAGUAAUUCCAUCGGCCCAAUCAGUGAUGGUUCUGCUGAUAUUAACCGGAAUCCUUGCUACACUGGUACCCAUAACUGUGACACCAAUGCGGUAUGUCGUCCAGGAACUGGAAAUCGUUUCUUCUGUGAAUGUUCGAUUGGCUUCCGAGGAGAUGGAAACGUUUGUUAUGAUGUUGAUGAAUGUUCAGAGCAACCAGGUCUAUGUGGCAGCAAUGCAGUCUGCAAUAACCAGCCAGGAACCUACCGCUGCGAGUGUGUUGAAGGAUACCAGUUUGCAGCAGAUGGGCGGACUUGUGUUGCUGUUGAAUACGUCGUGAACCACUGCCAGACCGGCACACACAAUUGUGACAUUCCUCAGCGUGCUCAGUGUGUGUACACUGGCGGGUCUGCCUACAUCUGCACAUGCCUCCCUGGCUUCUCCGGAGAUGGGCGUGCCUGUGAGGAUGUAGAUGAAUGUCAACAGGGCCACUGUCAUCCAGAUGCCUUCUGCUACAACACUCCUGGGUCCUUCAGCUGCCAGUGUAAGGCAGGUUAUCGUGGGGAUGGUUUCCGGUGUGUGUUAGGAGAAUUGGAAAAGACCAAAUGUCAGCGUGAACGAGAAGGAGCUCUUGGAAGUGGAGGCACCUUCUUCCCAAGGGAGAUAAGAGUCGGUCACUUUGUUCCCCAGUGUGAUGAACAUGGGAAUUACCUGCCCACUCAGUGCCACUCUAGCAGUGGGUAUUGUUGGUGUGUGGAUAGGGACGGAAAUGAGAUUGAUGGCACCAGAAGCGGCCCAGGAGUUCGACCACCAUGUCUGAGCACAGCUGCUCCUCCUAUUGUUAUUGGGCCCUCCGUUCGACCAGAUACAGUACCUCUGCCGCCAGGAACGCACUUGCUCUUUGCCCAAAGUGGUAAAAUUGAACAUGUUCCACUAGAGGGAAACAGUAUGAAGAAAAAUGGUGCAAAAGCACUCUUGCAUAUUCCCGACAAAGUUGUUAUUGGAGUUGCUUAUGAUUGCACAGACAAGAUGGUUUAUUGGACAGACAUCAGUGGCCCUUCAAUCAGCAGGGCUAGCCUGCAUGGUGGGGAGCCAACAACCAUCAUCAAAACAGACUUGGGAAGCCCUGAAGGGAUAGCUGUAGAUCAUCUCGGUCGCAACAUCUUCUGGACUGACUCCCAACUGGAUAGAAUAGAAGUGGCUAGGCUGGAUGGGCGCCAGCGUCGCAUCCUUUUUGACACUGGCCUGGUGAACCCCAGAGCAAUUGUUGUGGAUCCUAUGAGAGGAAACUUGUACUGGACUGACUGGAACAGAGAAGCUCCUAAAAUUGAAACCUCAUACAUGGAUGGCACAAACAGAAGAAUUCUUGUUAAAGAUGAUCUUGGGUUACCAAAUGGACUGACAUUUGAUCCUUAUUCCUCAAUGCUGUGCUGGGUAGAUGCAGGUACCAAGAGGCUGGAAUGCAUGAAUCCUAAUCAGCUUGGUCGACGAAAGAUUGUCGAAGGAAUUCAGUAUCCCUUUAGUGUUACAAGCUAUGGGAAGAAUUUAUACUACACAGACUGGAGAAGGGAUGCUGUUGUAGCAGUGGAUCGCACAAUUUCAAUAGAAAAGGAUAACUUCCAGCCUCACAAGCGCUCACGUCUCUAUGGAAUCACUACAGCCUUUGCUCAGUGCCCAGGAGGACAUAACUACUGUACAGUGAAUAAUGGUGGUUGUACUCACCUCUGCUUGGCUACCCCAGGAGGCCGUACUUGCCGCUGCCCUGACAACACAGUUGGAGUGGAUUGUAUAGAAAGAAACUGAGCAUUAAAACAAGCUUUAGAGCAGCAGACACCUUUUGGAGAUGUGCUGUAAACAAUUCACUCCUAGCAACACAAUCAGGUCCUAAAGAUAAGUGCUCCAUGCUGCUGACAGCAAGCCACAACGCACAUAUGCAAGCACACACACACAGAGGCAAGGACUGUUUUGUACCAGUUAGGCAACACAGAGCUGCCCACGUUGGGUCCAACUGCAUUUUGUUCUUUGUAAUAUUAUCUUGUUGAUUUUAAAGGUAAAUGUGGAGGCUUUAGGUGCACCUG